UUUCUUAGUACAUGUUGAAUGUGAUAGAUCGAGAGAGAUGCAAGGAUACCUGAACAAGGGUAGUUAUUAGAGUGUAUAUACUUAUUCAGUCUGAUCCUACAAUAUAUGUAGCUGGCCCUAGAAGCAACGUAAAGCUGGACAGAGCGUCUAAACCUUGAUUACCCGUCAGCUGCACAUAGGCGACUGUUAGGCCCUAUUGAACUCUUAACUUUGACAAAAAUUUCCAGCCAAUCGCCAACGGUGCCAUGGAGAACAGCAAUUCAACAGAGGAAUCGGACUCUGAAAGUGAUAUGUCCUUUAAAGUGAUCAUGAUAGGGAAGUAUGGAGUAGGAAAAAGUUCAUUAUUCCGUCGGUUUAUGAAGCAGGGUUAUAGUGGAGCCAUGACCAGGAAAGACACUAUAGGAAUGGAUCACUACAAGCGAACGUUCAUCAUUGAUGGACAUGACAUCAAGGUAACAAUGUGGGACACAGGAGGCAUGGAGCGGGCUUCCCUCACGGGAGGGUACUACCGGCAAGCAGACGGGGUUAUCCUGUGCUUCAGUCUGACGGACCCAGAGUCCUUUAACUGUCUGUCACAGUCCAUGCUGGAGGUGGCCAUGUACUGCAGCGUCUCCAAACUCUUCAUCUGUGGGACCAAAGUGGACGAGAUCUCGCGAGAUCACGACCCGCACUCUCUUGUGACUGAGGACGAUAUCGAGAUUUUCAAAGCGCAGUGCGGGGACGAGGUCGUUGGCGGGGUUUACCAAGUAUCAGCCAAAACAGGGGCGGGGGUGGAGGAAAUGUUUGAUGACGUUGCGCGGGUUUUGCGCGACGAAUUGGACCAGAAGAGACGCGAGAUAAGCAGAAUACGACUGGGUGCCGAGUUAAAUGAAGGUGUGCCAUCUGAAAAUAAGAAAGCGUGUGCUUGUUAACUUUGCUGGGAGAAAAUGUAAGAACAAUUUAAAAGCUUCUUCAAGAGAAUAAUGCAAUAUCUUGAAAGUUCUCAUCUUCCAAGCAAUCAACUAUGGAUUGAGGGUGUUAUAGACAGUGAACUUUCUUCCAAUUUGGAUGGCACCAAGAACGUUGCUAGUCAAGUCUCAUCUCUGUGACAGUGUCAUGCUGGGCAUUGCCAAUUUACACUGUACAUGCACAUGCCUUUCGUGGUUGAACAGAAAGU